UCGGUGGUAGUCAGAGAUAUACGCAGAAAAGGUGGUUGACACAAGAAUUGGUGCACUGUUUAGUGAGCUAUAGUGGCCGUUGCGCCAAUUCUUCUAUCGCCUACUUUGGCAGAACCAGUUCAUAGGUAAACAGUUAGUUGACAUGCUUUCUAGCUGUAUUGAUCUGCUGCCUAGCCGCUCCUGAAUGGAACUAUGGAAGAUAUCCGAGGGCCAUAUAUAUCAAUCUGACCUGCGACCUUUAUAGAAUUCUUUCGGCACUUCCAAAACUACGCACCGAAUAUUCGAGCGCAUCUAUCUCGCCUUUUAGAUUACAGUCAUGACACUGCCAAAGACUUACAAGCAGGCUAGUUUCAAAGCUAAAGGCGAGGCCUUGGUUUUGGAGGAUGUCGACCUAGUCUUGCCAGCCAAAGGUGAGGUCCUCAUCAAGGUUGAGGCUUGUGGGGUAUGCCACUCGGAUGUAUUGGCUCAGUACGACGGAUAUGGAGCUGGCUUUCCACGAGUUCCGGGCCAUGAGGUCAUUGGCAAGGUCGCAGCUGUUGGCGAUGAAGUGAGUGAAUGGAAAGUCGGUGACCGGAUUGGAGCAGGCUGGCACGGUGGCCAUGACGGAUCCUGCCAUGCAUGCCAGAACAGCUGGUUUCAAUCAUGCGAUGCCGGUAUCGUGAAUGGCGUCACGAAGAAUGGAGGAUAUGCGGAAUAUGUUAUUGCUAGAGCCAAUGCGUCCGUUAAAAUUCCGACCCACGUUGACGCCGCUUUAUUUGCGCCCAUGCUCUGUGCGGGAGUGACGGUCUUCCAGGCGCUCCGAAACUCCGGUGUCAAGCCUGGCGAGACAGUCGCGAUUCAGGGACUAGGUGGGCUGGGACAUCUGGCUAUCCAAUUUGCGAAGCACAUGGGCUACCGAGUUGUGGCAGUGUCGCGAGGAUCUGAGAAAGAGAAGUCCGCCCGAGAGCUCGGGGCAAAUGAGUACAUUGACGCAAGCAAAGGUGACCCAGGUCUUGCUCUCAGGAAACUCGGUGGAGCCGCGCUGGCGCUUACCACUGCUUUGAAAUCUGACGCCAUCACGCCGUUGAUCAAAGGCCUCAACAUCCUUGGAAAGUUGAUUAUUGUUAGUCUCCCAGGCGAUUUUACAAUCAACACCUACGAAGCAAUCAAAUAUGGCAUUUCUGUUCAAGUAUGGCCAGGUGGAAAUAACAAAGACUCGGAGAGAGCCGUCAAUUUUGCUGAUUUGCAUGGUGUCAACACCAUCAUCGAAACGUUUCCUCUUUCUCAAGCUCAGCAGGCAUAUGACCACAUGCUGAGCGGAAAGGCUCUACACCGUGCUGUGAUCACGAUGGGCUGAUGAGCGCAACAUAGUGUUGUUGACUUGGAGGAGGAGGAAUGAAUUAGGAGCAUACACAUUUAGUACAGGAGACCCGAAGAGAUAACAAAAGUCAGGAAGCCAAUAUAAUUGAUGUUCCUUGAUUUUGUGACUGCAAAGCCGCCAAGGGAUGAAGCGUUGAUGUGAGCAUAUUAUAACUAGUAACAGUUUUUGCUAGAACUUAUCACGCAACUGAACUGUUUCUAGUGUCUAAGCAUUGUCAGUUCCGUAUCAUGUCAAAUAACAAAACGCACAUUUCGAGAA